GGCGUGAUGUACGCACGGCAGCCACAGGAGCUCCCAAAUCGGCAGGGACGUACGCCGCUAUUCUCUCUCUUUCUCUCUCUCUCUCUCUCUCUUUUUCUAUCCCACCCGUUACCCCGCCUCUCGGAGAAGAAAGAAAAAAAAUACAAACAUUAACAGCGAGGUAGACAAAUAGUCACAGGCUGGAAACUCCGAUGGAUUAGUUUUAAUUCCCCCGCACACCACCACCAUCCCACCUCCUCUCCGAACCUAGAGAAUGGGCUGCGUCCAAUGUAAGGAUAAAGACGCAGCAAAACUCACCGACGAGCGCGACGCCGGCCUCUCGCACCACCCAGGCUACCGCUAUGGCGCCGACCCCACCCCGCAGCACUACCCCCCCAGCUUUGGGGUAACCACCAUCCCCAAUUACAACAACUUCCACGGCGGAGGCGGCGCUACGCAGGGGGUCACCGUCUUCGGAGGUGUACACACGUCCUCGCAGUCUGGCACGCUGCGCUCCAGAGGAGGAACAGGGGUGACGCUGUUCGUGGCUCUCUACGACUACGAAGCCCGGACCGACGAUGACCUCAGCUUCAGGAAAGGGGAGAGGUUCCAGAUCCUCAACAGCACAGAGGGCGACUGGUGGGAGGCCCGCUCCCUUACCACAGGUGGAACUGGUUACAUUCCCAGUAAUUACGUCGCUCCGGUGGACUCCAUCCAAGCCGAGGACUGGUAUUUUGGUAAACUCGGCCGGAAGGAUGCGGAGAGACAACUGCUGUCCAACGGCAACGCCAGAGGCACGUUCCUUAUCCGGGAAAGUGAGACAACCAAAGGGGCCUACUCCCUCUCCAUCCAGGACUGGGAUGACAUCAAGGGAGACCACGUCAAACACUACAAGAUUCGCAAACUGGACAGCGGCGGUUACUACAUCACCACUCGAGCCCAGUUCGAGACACUCCAGCAGCUGGUGCACCACUAUUCCGCGAGGGCGGCAGGGCUGUGCUGCCGGCUGAUCGUUCCCUGCCACAAGGGCAUGCCCCGUCUCACCGACCUGUCCGUCAAAACCAAAGACGUUUGGGAGAUCCCGCGGGAGUCGCUGCAGCUCAUCAAGCGUCUCGGCAACGGGCAGUUCGGCGAAGUCUGGAUGGGCACGUGGAACGGCACCACCAAGGUGGCGGUGAAGACCCUGAAGCCGGGCACCAUGUCGCCCGAGUCCUUCCUGGAGGAGGCUCAGAUCAUGAAAAAGCUGCGGCACGACAAGCUGGUGCAGCUGUACGCUGUGGUUUCCGAGGAGCCCAUCUACAUCGUCACCGAGUACAUGAAUAAAGGGAGUUUGCUCGACUUCCUCAAGGAUGGAGAAGGACGAGGCCUGAAACUUCCCAAUCUGGUGGACAUGGCGGCUCAGGUGGCAGCUGGCAUGGCGUACAUCGAGAGGAUGAACUACAUCCACAGAGACCUGCGCUCUGCCAACAUCCUGGUCGGAGACAGUCUGGUGUGUAAGAUUGCUGACUUUGGUCUGGCCAGGCUCAUUGAGGACAACGAGUACACAGCGAGACAAGGUGCAAAGUUUCCCAUUAAGUGGACCGCUCCCGAGGCGGCGCUGUACGGGAAGUUCACCAUCAAGUCCGACGUGUGGUCCUUCGGCAUCCUGCUGACAGAACUUGUGACUAAGGGCCGGGUGCCCUAUCCAGGUAUGAACAAUCGCGAGGUGCUGGAGCAGGUGGAACGUGGCUACCGCAUGCCAUGCCCGCAGGACUGCCCCACGUCGCUGCACGAGCUCAUGGUGCAGUGCUGGAAGAAAGACCCAGAGGAGAGGCCCACCUUCGAGUACUUGCAGGCCUUUUUGGAGGACUACUUCACUGCCACUGAGCCUCAGUACCAACCGGGGGAUAAUCUCUGAGUGUCUUUUCCUGACUGUCCAACAGAGGGAGCCAUACACCCUGCUAUCCUCUUUCUCACACCCAGGUGACUCUGUAAAGCUCAUCCAGUCCUCUUCCAAGCCUCAUCUCACGCACACACACACACACACACAAAGGCAAGAUGACUAUCAGGAAGAAGAUGGGCCUGCCAUGGAUGCAAAAACACGACGAUGAGCGGUGUAACUUGUACAUAGUGUAAAUACAAAAAAAAAAAUUGCUUGUUUACUUAUUAUUUCUAUUGGUUCCAUUCAACAUUCUACUUUUUGAUAAUUUUUGGAAACAGUUAAUCCAUGAUGCAUUGUAAGAAAGCUUGUAGGUAGGCUGAAAACAUAAGUUAAUGUGGAUAAUAUCAUAGUAAUGUAAGAUGAACAGGCCCCUGCACCUGCUUUUUAAAAAAAAAAAAAUUUAUAUGACGAAUCCUCAGAAUGAUGAGCAAAUGUUGACAACUUGCUUCACCCACAUAAGAAGGGGGCAUGCAAAAAACGCUUCACAAUUUACCAUCGCCCAUCUGUCUACGAUUCCUGCUUCCCAUUUGGCCAAAUUCCGUAGUAGGAGUAUGAGCCCUGGAAUUUGCUCAAAAUGGCUACUUCAAACCAAAAUGGUCGACUUUCUGUUCAAUUUCGGGCAUGGGUCCGUGAGACUUUUUCGCGCGUCCUGUUAUAAUAGACACGUCCACCCAAUUUUGUGUAGAUUGUUAAAACUGGUGUCCGGGGCUUUCCAGGGGGCACUACUGAGUGAGUUUUGGGGGGUCUUGUCCGAAACACCGAUAAUACAAACAUUUUCACCAACCUGCACGUGCUUGGAUAAAUUGGUAUUUUUUUCACGUUGAUGCCUGGAAACCAAAAUGGGACCUUUUAUGAUUGUAUUAAAAAAAAAUUGUAAAAUGAUUGCGUGGAAUUAAUGUACAACCCCAAUUCCAAUGAAGUUGGGACGUUGUGUUAAACCUAAAUAAAAACAGAAUACAAUGAUUUGCAAAUCAUGUUCAACCUAUAUUUCAUAUUUCAUACACUACAAAGACGAGAUAUUUAAUGUUCAAACUGGUAAACUUUAUUGUUUUUAGCAAAUAAUCAUUAACUUAGAAUUUUAUGGCUGCAAAAAAAAGCUGGGACAGGUGGCAAAAAAGACUGAGAAAGUUGAGGAAUGCUCAUCAAACACCUGUUUUGGACAUCCCACAGGUGAACAGGCUAAUUGGGAACAGGUGAGUGCCAUGUUUGCGUAUAAAAGGAGCUUCCCUGAAUUGCUCAGUCAUUCACAAGCAAAGAUGGGGCGAGGUUCACCUCUUUGUUAAAAGUGAGAGAGAAAAUAAUUGAACAUUUUAAGGACAUGUUCCUCAACGUACAAUUGCAAGGAGUUUAGUGAGUUCAUCAUCUGCGGUCCAUAAUAUCAUCAAAAGGUUCAGAGAAUCUGGAGAAAUCACUGCAUGUAAGCGGCAAGGCCGAAAACCAACAUUGAAUGCCCGUGACCUUCGAUCCCUCAGGCGGCACUGCAUCAAAAACCGACAUCAAUGUGGAAAGGAUAUCACCACAUGGGCCCAGGAAUACUUCAUAAAAUCAAUGUCAGUAAAUACAGUUCGGCGCUUCAUCCGCAAUUGCAACUUAAAACUCUACUAUGCAAAGCAAAAGCCAUUUAUCAACAACACCCAGAAACACUGCCGGCUUCUCUGGGCCCGAGCUCAUCUAAGAUGGACUGAUGAGUGUGUUCUGUGGUCCGACGCGUCCACAUUUCAAGUUGGUUUUGGAAAUUGUGGCUGUUGUGUCCUCCGGACCAAAGAGGAAAAGAACCAUCCGGACUGUUAUGGACGCAAAGUUCAAAAGCCAGCAUCUGUGAUGGUAUGGGGCUGUGUUAGUGCCAAUGGCAUGGGUAACUUAAACAUCUGUGAAGGCACCAUUCAUGCUGAAAGGUACAUACAGGUUUGGGAGAAACAUAUGCUGCCAUCCAAGCAACAUCUUUUUCCAUGGACGCCCCUGCUUAUUUUAGCAAGACAAUGCCAAACCUCAUUCUGCACGUGUUACAACAGCGUGGCUUCGUAGUAGAAGAGUGUGGGUACUAGACUGGCCUGCCUGCAGUCCAGACCUGUCUCCCAUUAAAAAUGUGUGGCGCAUUAUGAAGCGUAAAAUACGACAAUGGAGACCCGGGGCUGUUGAACAGCUGAAGCUGUACAUCAAGCAAGAAUAGGAAAGAAUUCCACCUACAAAGCUUCAACAAUUAGUGUCCUCAGUUCCCAAACGUUUAUUGAAUGUUGUUAAAAGAAAAGGUGAUGUGACACAGUGGUAAACAUGACCCUGGCCCAGCUUUUUUGGAACGAGUUGCAGCCGUAAAAUUCUAAGUUCAUGAUUAUUUGCUAAAAACAAUCAAGUUUAUCAGUUUGAACAUUAAAUAUCUUGUCUUUGUGGUGUAUUCAAUUAAAUAUAGGUCAAACAUGAUUUGCAAAUCAUUGUAUUCUAUUUAUAUUUAUGCGUAACACAACGUCCUAACUUCGUUGGAAUUGGGGUUGUAUUUUAAGUUUUGCUUUUUAUGGCGAGUCCUUAAACUUUGUCACCAUGCUCAGCCGAGACGCAAUGACGAAAAUUCCAAUUCUUAGCAAUUUUGCGUCUGUCUAGUAUACCAAAUUCUCAAUUGGAAGCAAUCAGACAAAAUCUCUCCGAGUCGUCCCACUUUGACGGACACAUGGAGACACAUUUUUUUUGUGGGUCUGUGUGAUAGACAUCCUCACCAAAUUUCAGGUUUCGAAAUCAAACUGGCUUCAGGGCCUGAAUUUUCAAAAUCUCAAUGACAAGUCUGUCUUUGAGGGACCCCUGGAAAUGGCCAAAAUUACCGUAAAAUGGCCACUUUGACCCAAAAUGGUGGACUCCCUGUGACUUUUCAGGCAUGGAUUCUUCAGACUUUUUCGGACAUACCUGCCAAAUUUCAUAUUGAUAAGUGAAAUUGGCUUCAGGGACUGAAUUUCCAAAAUCUCUCGGGUCGAUUUGUAUUUGAAUGACCACUGAAAAAGACUAAAAUUACCCUAACGUGUUCGCUUUGAGCCAAAACAGCAGACUCCCUGUGUCUCUUUAGCAAUGGCUUCUCGAAACUUUUAUGUUGGUCUACUCAUGCCAGACACGCCUACCAAAUUACAUGUUGUUAAGUGAAACCGGCUUUGGAGGCUGAAUUUUCGCAAUCUCUUGGACAAGUCUGUCUUUGAAGGAAUCCUGGAGGCGGCCAAAAUGACACUAAUAUGGCUGCUUUCAGCCAAAAUGGCAGACUUCCUGUGUCUUUUUUUUGUGGGUCUACUCAUGAUAAAAAUGCCUACCAAAUGUCAUGUUGCUAAAUGGAACAGGGUUUGGGGCCUGAAUUUUCUUUGUGUUAUUUUCUACUACUACUCAGUUAAUUCAAUAUGGACUCUACUAUCACUACUGCUCCUCCUCCUUUUCUCAAGGAACGCUGAUGUACUAUAACACCUGUUCUUGCCUUUUUCCUCUUUAGUAAGACUCUUCUAUUGUAAGGCAGGGUUUCCCAAACUGGAUACGUACAUAAACCUGAGAAUUUUCAACGAUAAACAGGAAUCAUAGACAUGGUGUGCCUGCUUUGAUGAUCAAUGACUGUCCCCCCGAUGCAUUUUGUGCCCCCUACAUCACAAGUUUGGGAAACUCUGCUGUAAGGGAAUGCCUUCUACUAAUUGCCUAGUGAAAACUCUUCCGCCCUGCACCGACACAGAGUGCAAAUGCAAGCACUUGAGUGGCAAUGCAAGCAAAAAAAGAAAAAACUGCCACUCAAAGAAUGCCAAACAUGCGUUCGAGACCAAACAUGUUUACAUCCUUUCAGAGCGUCUUGUGUGUCGAUGCCCGCAGCGCUUGGGAGCGUUCCCAUGCCAACCCUUCGCCUGCGUGUCUUUUUAAGUUGCAUUUUCUGUCACUAUAAUUUAUUGUCUCUGUCUUACUUACUUGUACAUGGUUUGAAAUUAAAAAAAAAAAAAAAAAAAAAAAAAAAGAAACAGCCUUGGCAUCUACCAGCCGGUGCGUCGUCUUCUUCUGCUGCAAAAAAAUGUUAGCAGUGUGUGGUUAAAGCCAUUUCGUUUUCUUCCCCCGUGUGCUGCACGUCAGUCACUCAAAAGCCAACAUGACUGAACUGAACGCAGCCUGUAUGCAAAUCACCUACAGCGUGUACGCCAAUCGCAAGAAGACGGACAGAUAACUUUGACAGUAAUUGCUUGUCAUGACUGUAGUGUUGAUCUAAUGACUAUAUUAGUUGUUUGUACCCCAAAAAAACAGGAGCCCUGUGGGGCCAUAAGAGCUUUUAAAAAGCAAAAAGAAGCUUUGCGGGUCUAUAGGUUUUGGAGGAAAAGCGCAAAAAAUGUUUUGUA